AUGCGCCCGCUUGCACGUGAAGAGGAGCUUCGAUGCGAUGCCGAGCAACGCAAGGUGAAGGUGAUCGCUUCCGGGAACUCAUCCGCUCGAUCGCCGAUGCCAGGCGGGGCGGUGCGAUGCUUGACGGGGUUGCUCUUGUCCUGCCACCAACUCGUUAGCACAGCAAGGAUGGCAGCUGCGAACGGACACGGCAAGGGAAAGCCCUCGGUGCUCAUCGUCGGAGCGGGCGUCGGAGGGACUGCCUCCGCCGCUCGCCUCGCCCAGUCCGGGUUCGACGUGACAGUCCUCGAGAAGAACGACUUUGCCGGCGGACGAUGCUCCCUCUUCACCGAUCCGACCAAGUCCUUCCGCUUCGACCAGGGCCCGAGCCUGUUCCUCAUCCCGCGACUGUUUGACGAGACCUUUAACGAUCUUGGGACGAGCCUCGAGAACGAGGGCAUCAAGCUCGUCAAGUGCGAGCCAAACUACCGGAUCGUCUUCCCCGACAAGGAGGUCGUCGAGAUGAGCAGCGACUUGACAAGGAUGAAGAAGCAGGUCGAGCGGUGGGAGGGAGAGAAGGGCUUUGAAGGAUUCCUUGGCUUCUUGAAGGAGGGACACGCGCACUACGAGCUGUCGAUGGUCCACGUCCUGCACCGCAACUUCACCUCGCUCCUCUCGAUGGUCCGCCCGUCUCUCAUCAUCCAGCUCCGCAAGCUCCAUCCCUUUGUCUCUGUCUACUCGCGCGCGACCAAGUACUUCAAGACGGACCGCAUGCGGAGAGCGUUCACUUUCGCCUCGAUGUAUCUCGGCAUGUCCCCCUUCGACGCUCUCGGCGCCUACAACCUCCUCCAGUACACCGAGCACUGCGAAGGCAUCCUCUACCCUCUCGGCGGCUUCGGCCGCAUCCCGCAAACCCUCCAACAGCUCGCCGAAAAGAGCGGCGCCAAGUUCCGCUUCAACAGUCCCGUCAAGCGCGUCACGGUCGAGAACGGCACGGCUAAGGGUGUCGAGCUCGAGAGCGGCGAGAAGUUGACCGCCGACAUCGUCCUCGUCAAUGCGGAUUUGGUGUGGAGUAUGGCGCACUUGUACGAGGAGACGAGCUACUCGAAGCGCCUUGAGGAGCGGCCCGUCAGCUGCUCGUCCAUCUCGCUCUACUGGUCAAUGAACCGCAAGAUACCCCAGCUCGACUCGCAUACCAUUUUCCUCGCAGAGGAGUACCGAGAGUCCUUCGACUCGAUCUUCCGCGAACACCGCAUCCCGCAUGAGCCUUCCUUCUACGUCAACGUUCCCAGCCGUCACGACCCUUCCGCCGCACCCGCCGACAAAGACGCCGUCAUCGUCCUCGUUCCCGUCGGGCACAUCUCCGCCGCCCUCCCCUCCUCUUCCGACUGGGACAAAGUCGUCGAAGAGACGCGCAACAAGAUCAUCGGCGAGAUUGAGCGCCGCCUCGACAUCGAGGACCUCCGGAGCUGCAUCGAGCACGAGACGAUCAACACGCCCAUCACUUGGGGCGAGAAGUUCAACUUGCACCGCGGCAGCAUUCUCGGACUCAGUCACGACUUCUUCAACGUCCUCUCUUUCCGCCCCAAGACCCGCCACCCGAGCGUCAAGAACGCUUACUUUGUCGGCGCGUCGGCGCACCCGGGAACGGGCGUCCCCAUCGUCCUCGCCGGCGCCCGCCUCGUCGCAACCCAAAUCCUCAACGACCUCGGGAUGCCCAUCCCCUCGCGUUGGAACGUCUCCUCGUCGGAACUCGCGACGCACAAGACGAUCCGCGAUGCAGCAGGAGGGUUUACGCUCCUCUCGGUGUUGUUUGGGUUGAUUGCUUUGUUGGUGAUGUACCUGCGCGGUUGA